GUAUUUCUCAACUUAAAACUGCCGAUUUGCCCAAGUCCGAAGUACUUGCUUUGCUAAACGCCGCAAAAAAUUUGCCAUCGAUUUUUGGCAAACAUUUAGUGUGCAAAAGUGCGCUUCAAAUUAAUGAGAUAUUUGUGUGCUUCAUUGUGAGUUUUAACAGGCAGAGUGUGCGCAGUCAAAGGAGUUUAAAGCUAAAGACGUUGUCGCCAGCCAAUUGACCAACUCGGGAAGGGAACAAACUCCGGCUGGAAUUGUUGAAGGCAAGGUAAAACGUGCUGCUAUCUAUGUAUAUGUUGUGUAUGCUGCUGCUGUCACAGUUAGCUGUAAACAUUGAUUAUGCCAUUGUUGCUAGCAAACUACUAUCAACAGCAACAGCAGCAGCAACAUCGUCAGCAACAGCUCCAGCAGCAGCAGCAGCAGCAUCGCCAACAGCAGGUUGCUAGGGCUGUCAGCUUUAACGGCAUGUUACUUGAAUACAAAAACGCUUGCAACAUAAAUCAGAGCAGCAGCAGUCACAACAACAACAGCAGCAGCAGCAGCAGCAGCAUUAGUACAGCGGAAGCAUUAACAAUGUCAACGCCGACAACAACAACCAAAUACAAAAUGAAUAGCGAUGCCAGCGACAGCGCUGCAGCAGCCACACUGCGCUAUCACCAACAACAGCAGCAACAACAUCAUCAUCAUCUGCAACAGCAGCAGCAACAGUUGCAGCAACAGCUACUGCAACAGCAGCUGCUGCAACAACAUGUCGCCGGCAACACACCGCUGCAACAUCUGAGCAAUCUGUUUGGCCAGCAUUUGCCUACGCACAGUCUGCAGCAUUUGAUAACCGCCGAGUACUGGCAGCAGCAGCGUUGCCCCGCAGCAAUUAAAAGCGAACCAACAACUCAAUCGCCAGCGCCAUCGCCAUCGCCAUCGCCAACACCAACAACAACAGCAGCAACAGCAACAACUGCGUCUGUGUUCGAAUUCACGCGGCAGCAACACGUCAAUUUUGCCGCCUCAUUAGUCGCAUUACAACAAAAUGAUGCAGCGCCCGAGGCGACAGCAACAGCAACAACAAAAACAACAACAACAACAACAAGAAUAGAGGCAACAGCAACAGCAUCGCAGCCAGCAUCGGCAGCAACAUCGCCGGCGCCAGCAAGAAGCGAAGCCAAUGACGAGGACGUCGACAACGACGAUGACGACGAUAGCAACAUGCAAAAUGCAGGCGCUGGCUUUAAAUUUGAUAAGGUGGACAAAAGCGAGGACACAAAUAUGCGCGAUGUCAGCGCUAAUCAGCGACACAUGGAACAGGAUGAAGCGACCAUGCACAAUGACGCCAAGGACAAUGGCCGGCGCGAGGCGCCGCUUGACAACAAUUGUGCGUCCUUUCACAUGAAAUCCGAAGUCGAGUCACAGCGGAAUCAAAGGACGCGGGCGCGAGAGCUGGCGCAGGCGGAGCUCCAUGAACAUUUUGGCAAGGCAGCCGGCGCAAAGGAUGUGCACGAUUUGGAGAUGUGCUUCAAGCCACAAAAUGAUAUCAGCCGACUGUCGCGUUCGCCUUCGCCGCUGCAAUCGAACGCUUCGGAUUGCGAUGACAACAACUCGAGCGUGGGCACCUCCAGCGAUCGCUGUCGAUCGCCCCUGAGUCCGGCCCUGUCGCUGCAGCAGGCGAAGCGACAGCUGCUCGCAAUGCAGCCGCAUCCGGCGCACCAUUACCAGCAUCACACGAAUCACCACACGAAUCACCAUCACCAUCAGCAGCAGCAGCAGCAGCAGGUGUACAAGCUGGAGCAGCCGGACGAGGAUUACGAUGAUGCCAAUGGCGGCGCUCUCAAUCUGACCAGCGACAAUUCGCGACACAGCACUCAGUCGCCGGCGAAUUCGGUUAAAUCGACGGCUGCCACGCCUCCCAGUCAGUUAGCGGCGCCGCCGCCCAUUUCGCCCGUGCUGCCACCCAACGUGGGUACGCCCACCACAAUGGCAGCAGCGGCGGCGGCAGCGGCAGCCGUCGCCACGAGCGUGGCCAGCGGCAUGCAGCCGCUGCUCGCACUGCCCGGGCUGUCCUCGCCGCAGGCGCAAUUCGCCGCGGCCGCUGGCCUCGGGCUGAACAAUCCGCUGCUGGCGGGCUCCAUUUCGCCGCAGGACUUCGCCCAGUUCCAGCAGCUGCUGCAGCAGCGGCAGGUGGCGCUACAGCAGCAAUUCAAUAGCUACAUGGAGCUGCUGCGGAGCGGCUCGCUGGGCCUGCCGCAGGACGAUCCCGCGCUGGCCACACAGGUGGCCGCGGCCCAGUUCCUCAUGCAGAGCCAGAUGCAGGCACUGGCCCAGGCCACGCAGCAGCUGCAGGCGCUGCAGAAGCAGCAGGAAUCGCUCUCGCUCUGCAAAUCGCCGCUGCUGCAGCCGCGCAGCUCGACGCCACAUGCACGCAGUCCGGCGCCGGUGCGCAGUCCGGCCAGCUCGCCGCAGUCGCAGCAGGCGUCGCAUCAUCCGCUGCAGAUAACGCCGCCCAAUUCGGCGGCCAGCCUUAAGCUGAGCGGCAUGCUUACGCCCAGCACGCCCACCAGCGGCACCCACAAUCACAAUCACAGCCAGACGCCGCAGCCGAAGACUGUGGCCAGCGCGGCGGCGGCGCGUGCCGCGGGCGAGCCCUCGCCGGAGGAGACCACCGAUCUGGAGGAGCUGGAGCAGUUCGCCAAGACGUUCAAACAGCGUCGCAUUAAGCUCGGCUUCACCCAGGGCGAUGUCGGCCUGGCCAUGGGCAAGCUCUAUGGCAACGAUUUCUCCCAGACGACCAUCUCGCGCUUCGAGGCUCUCAAUCUCAGCUUCAAGAACAUGUGCAAGCUGAAGCCGCUGCUGCAAAAAUGGCUGGACGAUGCUGAUCGCACCAUUCAGGCCACCGGCGGCGUCUUCGAUCCGGCCGCGCUGCAGGCGACGGUCAGCACGCCGGAGAUCAUUGGAAGGCGGCGCAAGAAGCGCACCUCGAUUGAGACCACGAUUCGCGGUGCUCUGGAGAAGGCCUUUAUGGCCAACCAGAAACCCACCUCCGAGGAGAUCAGCCAGCUGGCCGAUCGCCUCGGCAUGGAGAAGGAGGUGGUGCGCGUCUGGUUCUGCAAUCGCCGCCAGAAAGAGAAGCGCAUCAAUCCCUCGCUCGACAGCCCCACGGGCGCCGACGAUGACGAGUCGCCCUACAUGCUCCACUAGAGCUGGCGGCCAGUGGCAAAAUCGCAACUCUAAGAUUGGGACACAGACAGUGCAAUGUGCGCAGACCAUAAAAAACAAAGCGCACAGCUUAACUAACUAGAAGCAGGUUCAAAGUCGCAAAACACAUCAAAUAUUAGCAUAAAUUUUAACUAUGAUUCGGUUUCAAGAACCAAUCACACACACGCACACACACACGCACACCCACACACAUACACACGCAUGUGGCUCUGUGUUUUGUUUUAUGUUAA